UGACCCCGAAACGUUAUCAGAGGAGAUGUAAUCCUGCGCAUCGAGAAAAUAAGAAACCAGUAAUCCAUUGGUGCUCGCGCAUUCAACAUGUACAAAACGUUGUUCGUCUGUUCGGUUCUUUGGACGUUGUUGGUAUCUGACACCUUGGCGAUCGAAGGUGUCAAGGGCCGUCACGUUUACCACGAUCGACCGAAUCCUGUCUUGAACAGCACCGUGCAGGCUGGACUUUGCUACAAGAGGAUACGUUACGCGGAUGCGUUGGCAUUGAACGCCACGGGUCAGUUCCCUCACAAUACACUUCCUUCGACGCCGCAAGAAGGCACGAAAGGUGGAUGGAUCACGAUUCUGGAUUGUUGCGACGGCUACGAACGUAGCACCACUUCCGGCGAUUGCACUCCUCGCUGCAUCGAUGGAUGUUUAGGUGGAGAAUGCACUGGACCAAACGUAUGCACCUGUUCUCCAGGCUGGAUGGCACAGAAGGGCGUGUGCGUGCCCUCUUGCGAACAACCAUGCCAAAAGGACGCCUAUUGCUUCUCGCCGAACGUGUGCACUUGUAAAUUGGGCUACGAAGAAGAAAACGGUAACUGCAAGCCCAUCUGUCCCGGUGGCUGUAAAAAUGGCGAGUGCGUGGCACCUCGAGUAUGCAGAUGCAGAGAAGGAUACGUGAUUCAACCCUCGCCCGAAGGUUUCGCCGGAAUCGAGGGCAAGGAGUGCGUACCCGUUUGCGAAAAUGGUUGUCGCAACGGGGAAUGCACCGGUCCUGGAGUGUGCACUUGUCACGAAGGGUACGUUAAUCCUUCGGGUGAUACGGAAUCCUGUGUGCCUAGCUGUCCUUCCGGUUGCUCCAAUGGCGAAUGCAUCGCGCCCAAUGUCUGUAAAUGUAAACCAGGCUUUACGCUCGAUUCCACCAACAGAUGCGUUCCGGAGUGUCCUCAAGGCUGCAUCAACGGAGAAUGCAUCGCGCCCAGUGUCUGUAGAUGUCGGUCAGGCUUUACUCUCGAUUCCACCAACAGAUGCGUUCCAGACUGCCCUCAGGGUUGCACCAAUGGCGAAUGCGUAUCUCCAGGUGUCUGUAAAUGUACACCAGGCUUCACCCUCGACGCAACCAACAAAUGCGUUCCAGAGUGUGUUCAAGGCUGCGCGAAUGGCGAAUGCGUAGCUCCUGGAGUCUGUAAAUGUAGAUCAGGCUUUACCCUCGACUCCUCCAACAAAUGCGUUCCGGAGUGUGUUCAAGGUUGCAUCAAUGGCGAAUGUGUAGCCCCUGGAAUCUGUAAUUGUAUUCCAGGUUACGUUCUAGAUGGCAAUAGGAACUGCGUCCCAGAUUGUCCACAGGGCUGUGCGAAUGGCGUAUGCGUUACACCAGGCGUUUGCAAGUGUAACCUUGGCUAUGCCCACGACUCCAACGGCAGAUGCGUCAACGCGCAAUCCGAGUCGAAAGUCUCCGAUUGUCAGUUCGACUGCGGUCCAAACGCCAGGUGCGUAGGUCCCAACAGAUGCUCGUGCAACCUAGGAUACCGCUUGGACCCAGAUACCAGGAGAUGCAUUCCGUUGUCCAAUUCCUUCGAAUGCAGAAACGGUUGUGGCAUCAACGGCUUUUGCGCCGGUCCUGACAUGUGCAUCUGCAACUACGGAAUGCCCGUCGAUCCUGUCACCGGAAGGUGUCCCGACCCACAGCCCCAUCAGCCAAUCCAGUCACAAUGCCAACCCGACUGCGGACCAAACGGUAGUUGCGUUGGUCCCAAUCGUUGCGUCUGCAACUUUGGAUACGUAGUCGAUCCCGACACUGGAAGAUGCAUUCCUCAAAGGGGAACCACGGGAGAGGCUAUGUGCGAACUGCCGUGCAUCAACGGAGAUUGCACCGGCUUUAAUCAGUGCACGUGCAGACGCGGCUACACCUUGAGUCCUUCCGACUUCACUCGGACAAGAUGCGUGCCGGUAUGCAUGGGUGGAUGCCACAAUGGCGUUUGCACGGCGCCAAACAUGUGCAUCUGCAAUCCUGGUUACAGGAAAGAAGCUGGCGUCAAGGGCAGGCAGAGAUGCGUCCCCGUUAGAACGCGUCAGAACGAGACAAAUCUCAAAAUGACAUUUCUUUACGUCGUACUUCUCGCUAUUUUUCUCCCAGUAAGCGAAGUCGAGCCGUAUCUACAGGUUAUAAGCAAAUCACGUUGCGACAAAGUGGUCAGUUUCAGAGCGACACGAAACGUCUCGUACAGGGAGAGUUAUCGAGUCAACAAAUGGGCAAUUUUUUACGAAACAAGAUACCGAUGGAAAUACAGAAAAGAGUAUUACACCGACUAUCGCACUGAGAAAAUGUGCUGCCCUACGUAUGAAAUGCGAUACGACGUAUGCUACCCUGUCUGCCAUCCCGAGUGCACGAAUGGCUAUUGCGUCGAGAGUAUGUACGGUGUCGAUCACUUUUGUCAGUGUUACAUAGACUACGUUUUGUCUACAACAAACGAUCAUGUUUGCGAACCACUUUGUCCCAACUGUGAAAAUGGAAAAUGCACGACUCCGUACGAGUGCCAGUGCAAUCCCGGAUACCAAAUGCAGGGUACUAAUAACUGCCAGCCGAUCUGCAGUAAGCAGUGCGUAAAUGGCUUCUGUGGAGCACCGGAAACUUGCACUUGUAACAAAGGUUACAAGUUACUGGAUAAUUCGACGCACACCUGCGAGCCAGUCUGCGAGAAAAUUUGCGUGAACGGCAAGUGUACGGGGCCUGAUACCUGCACUUGUCACGAUGGCUACGUACAAACAGACAAGAACUCCAAACACCUGUGCGUGCCAUUUUGCGAAAUUCCUUGCGCACCGUACGGAGAGUGCACUGCUCCUAACGUCUGCACUUGCGUCGAAGGCUAUCGAUUCGAUAAUAGGAGUUACAUAAAGAAUACGGAAUUCUUCGCCAAUAAAUCGGCCUGUACACCUAUCUGCGAGCAGACCUGCGUAAACGGAUACUGCAGUGCGCCAAACGAAUGUACCUGUCUUUCUGGUUACGCAAAAUCAAAAACUAAGUGGAACGUUUGCGAGCCUGUCUGCGAAGAAGGUUGCGUGAAUGGGUACUGUAGUUAUCCAGAUACGUGCAAAUGUAACGCAGGCUAUAAACCUAGCACGAAGAAUCAUUGCGUACCUAUCUGCGAAAAGCCUUGCGAACACGGAUACUGUAUCGGCCACAACAAAUGUGCUUGCACAGACGGCUACCAUCUAACCGCGGACGACCCCUUCGUCUGCGAACCGACGUGCGAAGAGGAAUGCCAUUUUGGAACUUGCGUUAGACCCAACGAAUGCGCUUGCAACGACGGAUACUCGAAGAAAAACCAGACCGUGUGCGAGCCUGUCUGUACAGAGUCUUGUAUCAACGGGUACUGCGGUGCUCCUGGGGUAUGCGCUUGCGAUUCUGGCUACAAAUUCUCUCGCAAUUCUAGUACCAUCUGCGAACCUGUCUGCGACCACUUGUGCUUCAACGGAUUCUGCAGCGAACCCAACAAAUGCGAGUGUCUAGCAGGAUACCGGCAACUGGAAAAUAACUUCGAUGCUUGUGGACCGAUCUGCGAGGAAGACUGUGUCAACGGAUAUUGCACUCGUCCGAACGAGUGCACGUGCGAACCAGGCUAUCGAUCCUCGGAGAAUAAUUCAAACGUUUGCGAACCUGUUUGCACGCAACCUUGCGAGAAUGGAUUCUGCAGCGCACCGGAAAAAUGCAAUUGCAAGGAAGGUUACAGUCUAUCGUGGGACAGUCCGAACGUUUGCGAACCCGUAUGCACGGUAUCGUGCGGUGUUAAUGGGGUCUGCGUUGCACCAGACAGCUGCAAAUGCAAAGAGGGUUACGAACCGGUGGUCAACGAGACUGCGUUUACCUGUGAACCUGUUUGCGACUUUGACUGCGGAAACGGUACCUGCGCAUCUCCGAACGAGUGCAUUUGCCACGCGGGUUACGCGAAAGACGCAGAAGAUCAAUGUCAGCCAUUCUGCGAAUUUUGCAACAACGGAACCUGCGUGCAACCUGAAGUCUGCGAAUGUGACGAAGGUUUCCUUCUAAUGGAAAGCGAAAAUCGAAGCGUUUGCGAACCGUACUGCGAGAACUGCCUCGAUGGAGUAUGCGUGGCACCCGGUGAUUGUCGAUGCAACGCUGGUUUUGUGAAAACAGAUGCCGAUAAUUCGAACGACGGUAACGAGUGUGUCAGCGCGUGUCAGAAUAAUUGCAGCGACCAUGGAGUUUGCGAUGUCAAUAACAGAAACUGCCACUGUUAUUACGGAUGGGAUGGGACAGACUGUGGGGAAACACGAUUUUGUAUCGCGACGACGAACCACACGGACGAACGCUUAAACGCAUCGUACAUCGAGUACGAUGUAAACAACACGAUCGCUUUCGUAGUUGAAAAUAGUCCAAUGUGCCACCACGAUUGUUUAGACAAAAUCAGUAAUGAGACUUUGUGCCUUGGAAAGUACGAGAACAACACAGAGGAUGAUACGAUCUUCUGUCUGAUCGAUUCCAACUGUUAUCGAGUGUACGCAACACGCACGAAAGGCCCAAGUUACGCAUUGAUAUCUGGAACCGUGGGUGUUACGGUGAUUAUCGGUAGCGCCGCUAUAAUCUACGCGUUGAUACGAAGCUGGAAGAAGAAAUUUUCUCCUGACGCAGAUAAUACGCCAGCAACGUCGACCCAGAGACAAGUCUCUUUAACGCCUGAAGUCGACAGCAGCCUGUAACAGGAAGGCGAACUUUACUCGUCGUUUCACCUGUUUGUUAAGCUGUUAAAUCGAUGCAUCUGAAAUAU